GCAAACACAACUCUAAAAGUAUGACAUUACAAAAAGAUACUUUGGUCUCUCAAAAGUUUCUCUUCUCCCACUACAUUACUUUUGAGUUAUAAUAUGAGGAAGUUACUUCUUUAGGUGUAUUUCUUCAUGAUGGAUCAAAUGAUAUGAACUUUUCCGUCGCUGAUCAUCACUCAUACUUUUAGAGUUGUGUUUGAUUCUAAUUAGCAGAAAGGUAACAAACAAACUCAAAGUUACUAAAGCCGACGCAGAGGCUGCCUUGAAGCUUAUGAACUUUGCAAUAUAUCAUCAAGAACUGACAGAGAUGGAUGAACGUGAGCAAGAAGAACGCCAAAGAGAACAAACAGAACAAGAAAGAACACCAAGUGGUCAUAGACAAGAGAAUGCCUCUGCAAAUGUCGAAAGUGAAACAGCAGAUCCAAUGGACGUAGAUGAAACUCCCGUAGAGCAAUUUAGUGGGACGGUCUCUGCAGCAAGGAUUGAGGCGUUUGAGCGAGUGUUUGGGCAGCACAUGAGGACAAACAGGCUCGACGACAUUUCUAUUGCAGAUAUAGAGACUAUAGUGAACAACAAUGGAGUUGGAGCUUCUCGUUUCUCUGCAGAUGAGAUUAUGGCUCUACUUGAGAAACUGCAAGAUGAUAAUAAAGUGAUGAUCAGCGACGGAAAAGUUCAUAUCAUUUGAUCCAUCAUGAAGAAAUACACCUAAAGAAGUAACUUCCUCAUAUUAUAACUCAAAAGUAAUGUAGUGGGAGAAGAGAAACUUUUGAGAGACCAAAGUAUCUUUUUGUAAUGUCAUACUUUUAGAGUUGUGUUUGCAUCU